AUGUGUGAGGUGAUGCCCACCAUCAACGAGGGGGACCCCCUGGGUCCCCCACACGGUGCUGACGCGGAUGCCAACUUUGAGCAGCUGAUGGUGAACAUGCUGGAUGAGCGGGAGAAGCUGCUGGAGUCCCUUCGCGAGAGUCAGGAGACCUUGGCGGCCACACAGGGCCGGCUCCAGGACGCCCUGCAGGAGCGGGACCAGCUGCAGCGCCACCUGAACUCCGCCCUCCCCCAGGAAUUUGCCACCUUAACCCGGGAGCUGAGCAUGUGUCGGGAGCAGCUCCUAGAGCGGGAGGAAGAGAUAUCGGAGCUGAAAGCAGAACGGAACAACACGAGGCUGCUGCUGGAACACCUGGAGUGCCUGGUGUCCCGCCACGAGCGCUCGCUGCGCAUGACGGUGGUGAAGCGCCAGGCCCAGUCUCCCUCAGGGGUGUCCAGUGAGGUGGAGGUGCUGAAGGCCCUCAAGUCGCUGUUUGAGCACCACAAGGCCCUGGAUGAGAAGGUGCGAGAGCGGCUCCGGACGGCCCUGGAGCGAGUCACUACCUUGGAGGAGCAGCUGGCAGGUGCCCACCAGCAGCUGUCUGCCCUGCAGCAGGGAGCAGGGGCCCGGGAUGGAGCAGCGGAAGAGGAGGGGGCUGUGGAGCUGGGACUGAAACGCCUGUGGAAGGAUGACGAGGGCCGGCUGCAGGAGCUGCAGGAGCUGCUGGAGAAGCAGAACUUUGAGCUGAGCCAGGCCCGGGAGCGGCUGGUCACUCUGACAGCAGCUGUGGCUGAACUGGAGGAGGACCUGGGCACCGCCCGCCGGGACCUGAUCAAGUCGGAGGAGCUGAGCAGCAGGCAUCAGCGGGACCUGCGGGAGGCUCUGGCCCAGAAGGACGACAUGGAGGAGCGGAUCACCACGCUGGAGAAGCGCUACCUGGCUGCUCAGCGUGAGGCCACGUCCAUCCAUGACCUCAAUGACAAGCUGGAGAACGAGCUGGCCAAUAAGGAGUCCCUGCACCGCCAGUGCGAGGAGAAGGCUCGGCACCUGCAGGAGCUGCUGGAGGUGGCAGAGCAGAAGCUGCAGCAGACCCUGCGGAAGGCAGAGACGCUGCCGGAGGUGGAGGCUGAGCUGGCCCAGAGAAUCGCAGCCCUCACCAAGGCCGAGGAAAGGCAUGGCAACAUCGAGGAGCACCUGCGGCAGCUGGAGGGCCAGCUGCAGGAAAAGAACCAGGAGCUGGCGAGGGUGCGCCAACGGGAGAAGAUGAACGAGGACCACAACAAGCGGCUGUCAGACACUGUGGACCGACUGCUCAGCGAGUCCAACGAGCGCCUGCAGCUGCAUCUCAAGGAGCGCAUGGCGGCCCUGGAGGAGAAGGGCCGCCUGUCCGAAGAGAUUGAGAAGCUGCGCCAAGAGGUGGACCAGCUGAAGGGUCGAGGGCGGCCGUUGGUGGAUGGCAGCCACUCCAGGUCGCACACGGGCAGCGCGGUGGACCUGCGAUUCCCCCUGAGCACGGCAGCCCCUGGCCUGCGUCGCCGCUUCUCGCUGCGGGAAGAGUCUGCCAAGGACUGGGAGCGGUCUCUGCUGCCUGGCGUGCUGGCCCCCACGGCCGUCCCUGCCUUCGACAGUGACCCUGAGAUCUCCGACACGGACGAGGACGGGCCAGGGGGUCUGGUGGGCUCCGCGGAUGUUGUUUCCCCUGGCGGCCACUCCGACGCGCAGACCCUGGCCAUGAUGCUGCAGGAGCAGCUGGACGCCAUCAACGAGGAGAUCCGGAUGAUCCAGGAGGAGAAAGAGUCCACGGAGCUCCGCGCGGAGCAGAUUGAGACGCGAGUGACGAGCGGCAGCAUGGAGGCCCUCAACCUGACCCAGCCGCUCAGGCGUGGCCCCAUCCCCACCUCCCUGACCGCCCUGUCCCUGGCCAGCGGGUCCCCUGCAUUCAGUGGCCGCUCCACACCGAAGGGUGCCUCCCGCAGUGCUGCUCAGAACCUGGACCGGAUGGGGGUCAUGACCCUGCCCAGUGACCUGCGGAAGCACCGGAGGAAGCUGCAGUCACCAGUGUCUCGGGAACAGAACCGAGAGGAUAAAGCCACCAUAAAAUGUGAGACUUCUCCUCCUUCCUCACCCAGGACGCUGCGGCUCGAGAAGCUCGGCCACCCAGCCCUGAGCCAGGAGGAAGGCAAGAGUGCCGUGGAGGAGCAGGGCAGCAGCAGCAGCAGCCAGGACUCCUUGCACAAGGGCGCCAAGCGCAAGGGCAUCAAGUCGUCCAUCGGCCGCCUGUUUGGCAAGAAGGAGAAGGGCAGGCUGAGCCACGACGGAGCUGCAGGCCACGUUCUGACAGACGCCGAGCUCAGUCUGCAGGAGACCCUGGUGCCUGCCAAGCUGGGCGCCCAGGCGGAGAGGGACCGGCGGCGGAAAAAGAAGCACCAGCUGCUUGAAGACGCCCGCCGAAGGGGACUGCCCUUUGCCCAGUGGGACGGCCCUACCGUGGUCUCCUGGCUGGAGCUCUGGGUGGGGAUGCCGGCCUGGUACGUGGCGGCCUGCCGGGCCAACGUCAAGAGCGGGGCCAUCAUGUCGGCCCUGUCGGACACGGAGAUCCAGCGGGAGAUCGGCAUCAGCAACGCCCUGCACCGGCUGAAGCUGCGGCUGGCCAUCCAGGAGAUGGUGUCGCUGACCAGCCCCUCCGCCCCACCCACCUCCAGGACUUCCUCCGGGAAUGUCUGGGUCACCCAUGAAGAGAUGGAAACUCUGGCAACAUCCACUAAAACAACCCUGGCCUAUGGGGACAUGAGCCACGAGUGGAUCGGGAACGAGUGGCUGCCCAGCCUGGGGCUGCCCCAGUACCGCAGCUACUUCAUGGAGUGCCUGGUGGACGCGCGCAUGCUGGACCACCUGACCAAGAAGGACCUGCGGGUGCACCUGAAGAUGGUGGACAGCUUCCACCGAAGCAGCCUGCAGUACGGCAUCAUGUGUCUGAAGAGGCUCAACUACGACCGGAAGGAGCUGGAGAGGAGGCGGGAGGAGAGCCAGCACGAGAUCAGGGACGUGCUGGUCUGGACCAACGAGCAGGUGGUGCACUGGGUCCAGUCCAUCGGGCUUCGGGACUACGCAGGGAACCUGCAGGAGAGCGGCGUGCACGGUGCCCUGCUGGCCCUGGACGAGAACUUCGACCACAAUACGCUGGCCCUGGUCCUGCAGAUCCCCACCCAGAACACCCAGGCACGGCAGGCAAUGGAGAGAGAGUUCAACAACCUCUUGGCCUUGGGCACCGACCGGAAGCUGGAUGAUGCGGAGGACAAGGUGUUCCGCCGCGCGCCCUCCUGGAGGAAGCGCUUCCGGCCGCGGGACCUCUCGGCAGGCGUGCUCGGCGUGUCCCCGCUGGGGCCCCUGCAGCCCCCGCCGGCCCCGCCCAAGAAGAUCACGCCUGAAGCGCACUCCCACUAUCUCUACGGACACAUGCUCUCUGCCUUCCGGGACUAG